AUGAAUAAAAAUAAAGAAUCUGUAAAGCAAACUUAAAAUAUCAAAGCAAAUGAUUCUAAUAUGAAUAAAAAUAAAGAAUUAUAGAAGCUUGUAUAAAAUAAUAAGCAUUUUGAAUUUUUACCUAGUGGAAAAAUUAAAUGCAUUUUAACAAAUCAUGAAAUCUUACCAACUUUAUAAGAAUUCAAUAAUUAUCUAAAUGGAAAAAGCUACAAAAAUGCAUAAGAAAAUGAUAUCGAUUUUACAUAAUUUGAACCAUAUAUAGUAUAGCAUAAAUCUGAUAGGUAAUAAGAUUAAAUUAAUUAAUAGAAAUAAAUUAUAUUGUAAUUUAACUAGAUAGAAUAUAAGUAAAAAGAAAUCAGUUGUUUUAAAACAUGUUAAUGGAAAGAGAUACAAAUAUUAUUUAUCCAGUAAAAUAUUAUUAUCUAAUAUUAUUUAGAAUAUUUAGAGGAAUAAGCCAAAGAGGAAUAAGAGAACUAAGAAAGCAAUUAAGAAGAUGAAGUAUAAAAUGAAUUAGAGGAGCUGAAUAAUUUAAUAAACGAAGAAGAAGAAAUUUAACCUAAGAAAUAAAAAAGUGGAAUUUUAAAAGGAGGAAAAAAAAUUAAUAAGAAAAAAGUUAAACCAUAAUCAGAAGAAUAAAUAGAAAUUGAAAAGACAAUUUAAAACAAAUAGACAUAAUAAUAAGAUGGAAAAUAAAUGAAAAAGUUAAAAAACAAACAUUAAAAAGAAUAAAAAGAAUGAACAAAC